AUGGCACAGCAAACUCCCUAUAUUGGGAGCAGAAUAAGUUUGAUUUCCAAAUUGGAUAUACGCUACGAAGGAAUAUUAUACACCGUCGAUACCAAUGAAUCAACUAUUGCACUUGCCAAAGUGCGUUCGUUCGGGACGGAAGACAGACCGACACCAAAUCCAGUUGCUGCUCGUGAUGACAUAUAUGAAUAUAUUAUUUUCAAAGCAACAGACAUCAAAGAUUUGAUUGUAUGUGAGACACCAAAACCAGUGCCUCAACUUGCUAGCGGUCUGGCAUAUGAUCCGGCCAUAUUAUCGAUUUCUUCUGGACGUACGAUCCCAAUGCAUCCAUCAGUUCCAAACGUACCUGUAGGUAGCAACAUUGUUAGCGCUGGAUCAUCGCGUUCUGGCACACCGAAUCGAAUUUCGCCAGCAGAAGAUGCGGCACAUUCACGUGCUCCUGGUGCUGGGCGCAAUCAACAUACAGGUUCAUUGCCAAAUCCGAUGCAACCUGUGACAGGUACUAAAAAUCGUGGUGGUUUCCAGCAACAGAUACAUCAAGGAGCACUUAAUACCGGACGACAGCAGAAUUAUCCAAGUGUUGGUGGAAUUUAUCAGGGAACCUACGGACGAGGUGGGCAGCAGAAUAAUUAUCGUGACAGUCGCGGAAGUUUUUUCGGUCGUGGAAGUAGUGUAAAUUAUCAGCGCGGCGGAGGAGGUCAUCGUGGUGGGAUAAGUGGCAAGCCGCAAUCGAAAGAGAAGCUGAAGUUUGAAAGUGACUACGAUUUCGAGAAGGCCAAUGAGCAAUUUCAGGAAACGCUGAAUCAUAUCAGUCUCGAUCUUAAGAAGACCAAACUGGAGGAUGGAAGUAAGAAGUCAGUAACGGGAUCUGAUGCUGGUUCAGAUGUUGUCGAAGAAGAGAUCGCUGAAAAUGGCCAGGAGGAGCAGGAAAAGCGGUACUACGAUAAAAGCUCAUCAUUUUUCGAUCGAAUUUCUUGUGAAGCACUUGAAAAACAGGAAGGAAAACCACGUACGGACUGGAGAAAAGAGCGUGAAACCAAUCAAGAGACAUUUGGGCACUCUGCAGUGCGCUCACUUACAUAUCGCCGUCCUCGAGGAUUCAUGGGUGUACGUGGCGGCCGUGGUGGGCACAUGAGUAGUAAUUAUCGUUACAAUUCUGGCUACAAUUACGGAAAUCAGCAACGAAGUACUUACGGCAAUUUCCACAAUAAUUACAAUCGUCGAAGCAAUUAUCGUAAUAGCACCAGUUAUUCUGGUCAGUAA